AUGGCUGUUCAACCCGGCGGCAAAGAUACGCUCAUUUUGCUUUCAGGGCGUACGCUUGCAUGGACCGUAUAUGGCGGUGAUCUUCAAGUAAAUGAAGAUCAAGAGCCACCGGCCGUUGUCUUCUACUUCCACGGAUUUCCUAGCUGCUCCAGUGAAGCGAGCCAAAUCGAGCCCGAAGUCCUUCAACAGCGCAAUACUCGCAUAAUUAGUGUUGACCGACCUGGUUUUGGUAACUCGACACACUAUCCCGAGCGUCGCAUACUAGAUUGGCCAAAUGACGUCCUAGCCAUCGCCGAUCAUCUGCAUGUUCCGCAUUUCUACAUUUUGGGGUUUUCGGGCGGAGGUCCCUAUGCUCUUGCAUGCGCGCACUCUAUCCCACGUAUCACCGGUGACGAUUUCGAUGAAACGUCAAAUGGACGUCUCCUUGGUGUUUCGAUCAUGUGCGGCGCCUAUCCUUUCACACUUAAUGCAAAUGGGAUGAUGACUGAAUUGAGGGUGCUGCUUGCUGCCGGCGCAUGGCUGCCAAGAUUUGCGACAGGCUCUCUGUUCGAUUGGGUUAUUGGUCGUGCUGCGAGAGAUCCAGACCCGAAAGUUCUUGAGAAGGCAAUGGAUGCCGCAAUUAUGAAGAGGCCCGGGACAGAAAAGACCGCUUGGACGAAACCAAAAAUCAAGGCCGCGGCGUUGGAUUCCACACGUGGCGCCUUUCAGAAUGGAGGAGCUGGAACGGCGACGGAGCUCAUGCUUCUGAAUGAUUGGGGGUUUGAACUUGAGGAUAUCGACGGAAGAGGUAUUCGCUUAUGGCAUGGCAAGCUCGACCGGAAUGUUCCAUUGGGGAUGGCGGAGCAGGCUGCAGAGUUAUUGCCCGGUGCCAAAACGCACUUCUGUGAUGAAACUGGUCAUCUGGAUAUGGUUUUCCAUAUAGAAGAAAUUUUGGAUAAUCUCUUAGGCAGGGCAUGCCAUAACGAUGAGUGA